AUGUCGAAAACAACAGCAUCAAAGAGGAAAACAGCAUUCAUAGAGCCACUACCUGUUCUACCUGAAACUCGUACGAUUCAGCCACUUGUGCAAUGCGGUAUUCUUUAUCUCGGAACAUGUCCGACACCGAAUAGCCGUCGUGGUCUGGAUGCCAUACAAGAACCAUUCUCGUACCAAUAUCCUGUCGAUGGAACAAAUACAGCCCGAGGUGUCGACGGUGUGCUCUCUGUUUUCGAGAAUGGCGUUCAGUUAACUUUCACACGCCAAUCAGAAGCUGCAGUGUUCUUUCCAAUAUCAUCUCUCGUCUACUGUGCGAGUCUUCGUUUUACGGUCGUUAGAAAUGAUCGAACAAAGCCUAAAGGAAGUGUUUACUGGCGUUUUAUGCCGUUGGAUACGACAUCCACUGAUGAAAAUAAACAUCCACCUCUAUUUUGUGCUGUUUUUCAACGUACUCAUAUCUUGCCAGGUGACGAAUGUCAUUGUUUUAUAACGAAGACGGCGGAGUCGGCAUUAGCACUUGUACGAACUAUAUCGCGCAUUUAUAAAAGCAUGCAAUCAGAUUUCAAAAGUUCGAAGAAUCCAAUAUUCUAUCAGCUAGAUCAUCUUGGAAGAAAAAUCAAAGAGAUAACCAAUACGAUUUAUUUAUCGCCAGCUAACGAUGAAGAUGGUCAGUUAAAUCGUGCAAAUCCAAUUCGAUUGAAAGAUGAACAUACUGCCCGGAAAUAUUUACUUAAUCCAUCCUAUGGUGGUUAUUACUAUCGAACUGAUGCUAGUCUUAUCGAACAAUGGCAAUUAUGGGAUGACAAUGAUGUCAGAGGAUGUCGACCUCAUCCACCUGACUCGCCAUUUGGCUUACAUGAAGGUCUUUAUCACGAUGAUACAACGCAAGAAAUUCGACGAUGCUUACGUCAUAUGGAUAGCGAAGAAAAUUUGCGUUCGUGCAGUUGUUCAAGCGAUAAAUCUUGUUCAUCGAGUUCGGUGUCGACCGAAUAUUCUCGGCGAAAAAGCCGACAACGGCGCUCCAAAAGGCAAUCAUCGCCGACUGAUACCGAUCAGUUCGACAUGUCAUUUUCCCAAUUAGUUGCAAGUACAUUCGAACCAAUUCGACCGAACAAUACUUCCAAGUCGAAGAGAAAACGUCGUAAACCAAUUAUUAUUGAAAAAGUCCUACCAAAACCAGUUCCAUGCACAUCUGAUGUGAACAUGAGAUCAUCGGAGCAACCAGGGGAUCCUUCAAGCUCUCAUCCCAAAUCGGAAUUAGUUUACAUUCCAUCUUCGGAUACAUCCUGUUUUGCCUAUGACGUAAAUGAAUAUGGUGAGAAAAUAACAAACGAAGGCAAUCGUAUUAUCUUCAUGGAUGUUGUUCGACCGAGUCGAAAGAUUAAAUUCACAGAUCCGCCAUCAUAUAUUCCAGUUACACCUGAUAAACCACGACGACGACGUCGACCGAAAUCAGCACGUCAUAUACCAGUCAUUGAUCUUCAACAGUUAGAUAAAUUAAUCAACGAGCAACAAUCGAAAGUUCAACGACCGACCAGUUUACACAGUGAGCAUACGGUCAGCCAUGAUCUCCAUCAUGAAAAUUAUCUAGCCACACCAGAUAUGUUGGAUAUCUUGAAUAAAUUUUUUGGAUUGAAUUUCGAGAGUAGAUUCUAUUCCAACGACAAAGAAAUCCAAACAACCAUAGACUAUGUCGCCUUGCACGGAGAGAAAGAACAAGAAGAAAGACGAAAAAGUACUUCUAUGUCAUCGACAGCCAGCUCUAAAAGUGGAACUCGGCCGCAUCAUAAUCGAUCAACGAUUACGCCUGCUACGAGAGAACACUCUAUCCAUUCGGUGCAAGAACAACUGACGAUUUCAUCUCCACUUCACAGUCAAUUAUCAUCAAUCAAUAAACAAAAAUCACCUCCAGCACCAUCAAUACUAACUGAUCAAAAACUUGAUCAAUAUAUAACAGAUAUAUACGGUACGCCUGACUCUACCAAUUCAAUAACAUCUUCGAGCCAUCAUCCAGAACAGCAAGCAGCUAAUCAAGCUGCGGUUCUGAACGCAAGUUAUAUCUCAGCAUUUCGAUAUAUGCAAAGCAGUAUGAAUGCUAACUAUCUAAACAGCUUUUAUCAUGCUUAUUAA